GACACGACCCUGUGCGUGGAGUGGAAGGAGGUGAAAGCACUGUCCCCGCUGCGAGCCGCCCGACCGGCCCCGUUGCCCCGCCUGUUGCGCCAGGCCUCCUUUGACAGCCAGGACUUCCUCGAGGUCAAUGUUGAAGACACUGUCGAGAUGCUGCCCAAGUCGCGGCGUGCGCUGACCAUCCAGGAAAUCGCCGCCCUGGCCCGCUCCUCACUGCAUGGCAUCUCGCAGGUGGUGAAGGAGCAUGUGACGAAGCCAACGGCCAUGGCACAGGGCCGCGUCGCACACCUCAUCGAGUGGAAGGGCUGGUGCAAACCCGUGGAGCCACCCGCUGCGCUAGAGAGCGCCUUCAACUCCUACUGCCACCUGAGCGAGGGCGAGCAGGAGGCACGCUUCGCUGCAGGCGUGGCAGAGCAGUUUGCCAUCGCUGAGGCCAAGCUGCGUGCCUGGUCCUCAGUGGAUGGGGAUGACUCCAACGACGAGUCCUACGAUGAGGACUUCAUGCCAUCCUCAGAGAGCUCCCUGCCAGCCGAGCAUCAUCCCGGUGCGGCGCUGCUGCGGGACCUGCUGCGGGGCCACUUGUGCCAGCUGGGAGCACGGCACGGCUCCUGUGAGCCUGAGAGUGACUCGUCGCGCACACUGUCCCCCGAAACCCUCUGCUCCAGCCUCUGCAGCCUGGAGAUGGUGUCCCCCUCCGAACUCACUGCCAAACUGCUGGGCUCCCUGGGGGGUGAGCUGCCCCCCCCGAGCAGCCAAAGUGCCUUGCGGGGUCUGGUAUGGCCCCGCUGCCAGGACUCGCUGUCCCCCAUGCCCUAUGCUGAGGCCUGCCUCUCGCCUGCUGAGGACGAGGUGGUGCUGAGCAAGGACUUCACGCUCCGCCGCAAAAUCUCUGAUGUUGCCUCCUCUGGGGUUGUGUCACUGGAGGAGGAAGACGAGGAAGAGGAGGAGGAGGAGGAGGAGGAGGCUGAAGAGCCGUGAUGCCCUGCAGGGACUCUGUCUCUCCCCAGCACCGUGCCCCCCAGGACUGACGGGACCUGAAGCUGUGGGGCUGGCUGUCCGCAUGCAUCCCCUCGCCACCCCUUCGUGGGCACUGAGCCCCCCCACCCUGUUGGCACAGCUGAACCUUUCUGGGCUAAGCCCACAGUGCCCCCACUCUGGACCAGGGCUGGGGGUGGGAGUUGGGGCACAGAGGCUCUUCUUGCUCUCUGAUGAAUUUUAUACUGUGAACUGCUGCCUUUGGACACGGGGUUCAGGAGGGGGCCAAGGGGGUGCCGAUGUGCCACGGUGA